AUGAAGAAAAGAGAAGUGAAUGUGGUGCAAUACGCCGUAUGUGAAGAAUGCGGAGGCAUUGGUCACCGGACCGAGAAUUGUCAAGCCAUCGCGGGGGUGAAUCAAGUGUAUGGGGACCGAAGGCAAUACGACAUGAACUCCAACACUUACCACCCCGGGUUGAGGAACCAUCCUAACUUUAGGUAUGGUAAUGCCUCCAACCAAAUGAAUUUGAAUUUUCAAUCUGGAAAUCAAGGUGGGUAUUCGCACCAAACGCACCAAAGGAAUUACAAUAACCAAGGUAGUAAUGAAAGCGGGUCGAAUAAUCAAACCGGUGGUGAUGAUUUGAGUGCUAAAAUGGACGCCUUGUUGAAUGUGGUUAAGGAAUCUAACAGUGACAUCAAAGAGAUGAAGAAGACAAAUGAGAUCCGGGACAAAUCACAUGAGGCAUUGGCAAAGCAAGUGGGCCAACUUGCGGAUGAAAUGGCACAAAUAAGGGGGAGCAUGGGAAAGCUUCCAAGUGACACCACGGUGAACCCUAAGCAUCAAAUUGAGGAACGGUACCCACCGAAGGACGAGAGGUCGGAAAAUUUUAAACAAGCAAAAAUUAGUUUACCGUUACUUGAUGACAUUAAAAAGGUUUUGACUCAUGUGGAAUGCUUAAAGGAGUUAAGCAUCGAAAAACGGCACAACAAAUUACCCGAACCGGUUGAUUUGAUAUCUCAUGUUAGUGCCGUUUUAUCGAGUGCCCUUCCUCAAAAAGCUCAAGAUCCCGGAGAUCCUCUUAUUCCGAUUCAAAUUGGAACAUUUAAAAUUGAGAGGGCGCUCCUAGAUCUUGGAGCUUGUGUGAGCAUCUUGCCCGGGAGUUUGUAUGACCAAUAUGAUUUUGGUCCAUUAAAAAAGUUUGAUACUCCCGUAGUAUUGGCCAAUUAG